UGCUGAUGUCAUUUGUUUUGCUCUGUACCGGAAGUGCUGCUGUGACAUCACAGGGAAACUCAGCUGGGCGAUCAGAAAACAAACAAACUGAAGCGUCCUCAUCAUAGUCAUAAUCAUCAUCAUCAUCUUCAUCGAGUGACCGGUGUCAUACGACAGCAACAGGCUUCUUUAAAACAUCCGAUCAUUUCCGCAGCAGUGUGGAACAGCACACAAACAUGUGAGCAGGUUCACUUUGUUUGCAUUUUUGUGUCAAGAUGGCUGAUGAUUUGGUCUCCUGCACGGCCCGCUCCGCUCAACCCUGUGCGAAGCAGAAAUACCGCAGUAAUGCCCAUUCACAGGGGCUGUUAGACGGGCUCCUGAUGCUGCGACAAGGCGGCAUUCUGUUCGAUGUGGUGCUCUUGGUGGAAGGAAACCCCAUCCAGGCCCACCGUAUUCUCCUCGCGGCCUCCUGCGACUAUUUCAGGGGGAUGUUUGCUGGCGGUUUGCGGGAGAUGCAGCAAACUGAGAUCCCGGUCCAUGGAGUCACACACACAGCGAUGAUGAAGCUGCUGGACUUCAUCUACACCUCAGAGCUGGAACUGGACCUGGACUCGGUUCAAGAAGUGCUGUGUGCCGCCACUCUUCUGCAGGUGCAAGAUGUGAUCGGCUUCUGCUGCGACUUCUUGUUCUCCUGGCUGGAUGAUGACAACAUCCUGGAGGUGGAAAAGCUCGCCGACAUAUACGGGCUGAACCAGCUCGGGGAGAAAAUCCGCUCGUAUCUGCUCAAGAACAUCCAGACUUUCUCGCGUACGCCCGUGUAUCGAAAGCUUCCUGCGGAAAAGAUCUUAAAUGUGCUUUCCAGCAACGAGCUGGAGGUGAGCUCUGAGAACGAGGUGUUUGAAGCAGCCCUGCACUACCAUUACACCCCUGAACAGGUGGAGAAGGAUGAGGUGUGCUUACAGGAUCCGCUGCGGAUGUUGGAAGCGGUGCGGUUCUGUCUGAUGGAGAAGCAUGUGUUGCAGCGCUUGCACAGCCGGUUAAAACAGUGUCCGCUACGAGACUCUGUGGCCGCCGCUCUACGUUACCACAGUCAGGAGCUGUGGCAGCCGGUCAUGCAAACCCCACUCACUCAGCCUCGCUGCAGCUCCCAGUGCAUUCUGGGAUUUGGUGGCAUGUAUUCGUCUAGCGCACUGGUGGACAAUGAAGAGCGGUUCCAGGUGUUCCACCCCUCCUGGGGCGAGUGGCGGAGUCUGGGUGCAGAACGUGCUCCUCGCAUGUCCAACAUGGGCAUCGCCGUGCUCAAUAACUUUGUGUACUUGGUUGGCGGAGACAAGAACACCAGCGGCUUCCGGGCUGAAUCUCGAUGCUGGCGGUACGAUCCCCGCCACAACAGCUGGUGUACUAUCGAGCCUUUACGGCAACCGCAUGCAGAUCAUUGCAUCUGUGUGGUUGAUAAAUAUAUCUACACCAUCGGAGGACGAGACUACACCACUGAGCUGGACUGUGUGGAGCGCUACAACCCACAAACCAACACCUGGGAAUAUGUGGCGCCGCUGAAGCGAGAGGUUUAUGCCCACACCGGGGCAGUGAUUGAUGGGAAGAUCUACAUAGCAUGUGGUCGGCGGGGAAUGGCUUAUCUAAAGGAGACGUACUGUUACGAUCCCAGCGGGAAUCACUGGAGUGUGUGUGCCGAGGGCCCGGUGGAGCGCGCGUGGCACGGCAUGGCAGCUCUCAAGGGCCGCGCUUACGUCAUCGGAGGCAGCAACGACGGUUGCGGUUACAGACGAGACGUCCUCAAGGUGGCGUGCUACAACCCAACAGCGGAUGUGUGGUCUGUGGUGAGCCCGCUGCCGGCUGGUCACGGAGAGCCAGGGAUGGCCGUCCUCGAUGGGAGCAUCUACAUCAUGGGCGGAAGGUCACAUGAUAAAGGCAGUCGGAUGAAGUACGUUCACAUUUAUAACGCAGAGGAGGACCGAUGGGAGAGCGGGACAGCCCUCGAGGACCGCGUAUCGGGGAUUUCAGCGUGUGUCUUGCUUUUGCCACAAGCAGCCAUGGCCCAGGCGCGCAGCUGGGAGCAAAGGGCUAAAGCAUCAUGGGAAGAGGUAGACUGGGACGACUCGGACAACUCAAGCGAGGACUGAUGGUAUUAGCGCUGCUCAGGUAGGCUGUGAAGUU